CCACUCAGGAUUUUACUAAACCAUUUCUGUCCAAAAAAGAUUUUUGCGAUUCGCAUUAACACUAGAUUCCAGAACAAUCAAUCACACCUACAUUGCAAUCUUCAUUCAUCUCUCUUUCUUUCUCUCUCUCUCUCUCUCUCUCUACGGCCCAUGCAGUAACCGAACCACGGCCUUCCAACAGCUCAGGGAUUUGGGUUCUUUUUACUUGGUAGAUUCUAAAGUUAGUGUCUCUCUCAAGUGGGUAUUUGUUUAAUCGCCUAAACUGCAUCGUUGCGUUUGAUUUCUUGUCAUCUGGAAAUAGAAUCUUGGGUUUUUCUUGGAUUGCUUUUGGGGGUUUUGAGGGGUAUUUGAAAUCAAGAGUUUUGCAUCGAAGGAGGCCCAAAAGUAGACACAAGUGAUGAAGAAGAAAGGGAAAAAGAUUAAAAAGAAGGAUGAAAGUGCUGAGGAUUGGUGCUUUGUGUGCAAAGACGGUGGGCUGCUGAUUGUUUGCGACUACAAGCAGUGUCUAAAAUCAUAUCAUGCCGAGUGUGUGGGGAAGGAUGAAUCAGCUUUGGAGACUGAGAACAGCUGGACUUGUGAAUGGCAUUCCUGCCUCGUUUGCCGGAAGAGUUCGAAAUUCCAAUGUUUUUGCUGCCCAAAUGCUGUCUGUCAACGCUGCAGUGCUGCUGCGGAGUUUGCACGUGUUAGAGGGAACAGAGGAUUCUGCAAUAACUGCUUAAAGCUUGCACUACUUUCAGAAGAGAAUAUGGAUGUUGAUUCUGAUGGGGAGAAGGUAGACUUUAAAGAUAGAGAAACAGUCGAGGGCCUAUUCAAGGAAUACUGGGAUAUAAUCAAGGAGAAGGAAGGCUUGACUGUAGAACAUCUCCAUUCUGCUGAUGUUCGAAUGAAAAAGGGUAAAAACUAUAAGUAUAACUCCUAUAAACAAAAAUCUGAUGAGGAUGAAGAAAGUCGAUUAUCAUCUGAUUCCGAUGAUGAUGAUGAUGAUGAUGAUGAGGAGGAGGAGGAGGAGGAAGAGGAGGGGGAGGAGGAGGAUGAGGAUGAUGGCAUAGAAGGGGAUAAGCCAGUGCAGAAAAAGAGGAGAUCCAAGGGGCGGCGAUUUAAGAGGAAAAGUGAGGCACAAUCAAAUAAAAGAGAGUUUAUUGGUUGGGGAUCCAAAACCCUCAUUGAUUUUCUUUCAUCUAUUGACAAAGACACAAGCAAAAAACUAUCGCAAUAUGAUGUGUCUUCUAUCAUCACUGGAUACAUCAAUGAGAACAGGCUUUUUGACCCACAGUGUAAAAGGAAGAUUUUGUGUGAUGAAAAGCUGAAGUCUGUUUUGGGCAGGAAAACGGUGAACAGACAUAAAAUAUAUGACAUCUUGGAACCUCAUUUCAUUGAGAACCUAGAAGUGUCAGAGGAGGAACAGGGAUACAGUUCGGAAGAUGAGGAUAGGAAUCUCUCUGUGGCUUUUAAAAAACGAAAAAAAUCGAGUACGCAUAAAAAACCCGAGAAAAAAGAAGUGUUUGAUGCUCCAAUGAGCUAUCAUGCUGCCAUUAUUUCUGAGAACAUUAAGCUUCUCUAUCUGAGGAGGAGCCUAGUGCAGGAGCUAUUCAAGCAACCUGAAACUUUUGAAUGCAAGGUAAUAGGAAGCUUUGUCAGAGUCAAGCUAGAAUCUAGUGAUGAUAGUCAGAGUUGUUCUCAUCUGCUUGCGCAAGUCAAAGGUGUGAAGAAGACAUCAUCGGGGGAAAACAGUCCUGGGAUUCUCCUUGAAGUUUCUAAUAUCUCAACAGACAUACGUCUUGAUAUGCUUUCAGAUGAUAACUUUUCUGAGGAAGAAUGCAAUGAUUUAAAACAAAAGGUGAAAGGAGGGCUCCUGAGAAAGCCUACUAUUGUGGAGGUUGAGCAGAAGGCCAGAAGUCUGCAUAAAGACAUAACAAAGCAUUGGAUUGGUAGAGAGCUGGCUUUGUUGCAAAACCGCAUUGAUCGAGCAAAUGAGAAAGGAUGGAGAAGAGAGUUCUUUGAGUGCUCGGAAAGAAAACAACAGCUUGAGACAGAAUCAGAACAGUUACGGUUGCUAGAAAGGGUUCCCAAGGUGAUUGCUGAUGUAGCAGGGGUGGAAAAUAUCUUCGAGGAUGCCAUUAAGGAGUAUAAACAGGGAAAUGGACGGUCGCCAAAAUCAACCCUCGUGGGAAGUUCAGAAACUCGUGGUGAUAUUGAGGGAGCCAGUGGAAUUUCUUCAGGAGAUAGCGCUGUCGCAAUUGGAAACUCUUCUUCCGGAAAUGUUGGAUCCUGUUCAUCUAAUGAUGUAAAUGGAAAUGCACAGGCAACAAUAGCAUAACUUUGGUGGACAUUUACAAGGCAACUCGGACUUUGGCAGUUUUGAGAAUGCAAAGGAAAGUAAAAUUCACGCGACUAGCGAGUAUUGUAUCGAGGAGCCUUGAAGUGCGAUAAGGAAUCUCGAGUGAUUCGUGGAACUUGAUAACAAAGAACUUGGUUUGGAUAAUCGAGUGUGGAUAAAUGUCGUGUUGGGUUUUCAUUUUCUAAAUGCUUUUUGCUCAACACCAGUGUAGUUGUGACUUGGAUUUGGGAGCUUGACUUGUUUUGCUGAAAAAAUGAACAAUUUGACAUUAGAAAA